AUGUGCUCGAGCUGUUCCAGGCGGCGCUGGCGCGGCUCGUGCAGGACCCGCUGCUCUGCGACCUCCCGCCGCAGGUCGGGGUGGCGGUUGGGGUUGGGGUUCAGAGGCGGCUCGGCGCAGCUCAGCCCCGCGGUGCCGCCCGCAGGUGACGCCGGAGGAGAUCGGCUCUCAAGUGGCGCUGGAGUACGGGCAGGCCAUGACGCUGUGGUGGUGGUGCAGAACGCGACGGUGCUCGAUCUAAAGAAGGCGCUGCGGCGGCACGUGCAGCUCCGGCAAGCGCGGCGUGGCGGCGUGCAGCAUCUCAGCUGGAAGUACAUCUGGAGGACGUACCACCUGACUUACAACGGGGAGAAGCUGGCGGAUGACGGAAAGAAGCUGAGAGAGUAUGGCAUCAGGAACCGGGAUGAGGUCAGCUUCAUCAAGAAACUCCGAAAGUGACCUGUCAGGCUUCACAGAACUCUGGAAGUCCAGUGCCCAGGAAGAACAGGUCUCUGUGCUAGCACUGAUUGAUUGCCAUCGUGCAAUUCAUCUGAUCCUCCUGUAUGUCUCUGUCUCACUGUACCCAAGUGACUGUUCUCCCUCUUUGCUCUUCACACUCCUGUACCAUUCAGAGCACCUGAAGUGUCCCAUCGCUGUAUGCAAGCAAAUGCAAGCAAAUGCAACCAGCAAAGGUUGCUGUUCCUCACUAGGUGUAUUCUGAGCCAUCUUUCUCAGUUACUGCAAGCUGUAAGGAGUUGCCGAAGGCACGUCUGCUUCUGUACCCUGUAGCUUUGUUUAGUUUUUCUUUUUUUUUUCUGGUUUACAGCAAUGAGUUCAGCUGAUUUGCUGUUUCCAGAAGGUGGGAUAAUACCUCUAGAUGACUUUUGGUCAUGGUAAUUUUGUGCAGCUGAUGCACUGAAGAAAACUUGUAGCACAGGAAGCAUUAGUAGCAUAUAUAUUUGCCUGUGUGCAGUCCAUGUAGACAUCACAAUUCUAGUACAAACACACAGUGGCCAAGACUCCCAACAUUGGUAGGUUUAAAACUGUCUCCCUCACCACAAUCAGUUGCUGAGAGCAGUGGUAACUGCCUGCAUUCUCAAUGUUCUGUUCCCUGGCUCCAGCUAGCUGGGUUAGAAACUGUCACUGUGAUCACAGAGGCUUUCAUCCUCUGUCAGUGGUAUCAUAUUUGCAGCACCUAGUGCAAUAUGACAUGUGCUGUGACAGCAGAGCUCUGCUUUACUCCAUGGAGCCCUGGAUGAUCCCCUGUACUGCAGUGAUAGGAGAGCCCAGUAUGCAGUUAACACUGCUGUUCCCAAAUAUUUCUUUUUCUU